AUGGUUGAUCAACACCCUACAAUCAUGGAGAAGGUCACUGGACAGAUCCAUCGUCGAUCUGGUGUCUCAUCAGGUUAUGGUGGAAGCUUCCGUCAACCUGCCAUGUUCCAAAAAUACUCCUAUGGGAAUUACUCAAACGCUGCGUUGGCUCCUGCAUGCAGAACAACUGUUGAUUUAUCUUCAGUUGCAACCAAUGCUUCUCCUAUGUUUGUUGCUGCUCCAGCAGAAAAGAGUCAUUUUCUUUUUGACUUUCUCAUGGGUGGUGUUUCAGCUGCAGUUUCCAAAACUGCUGCUGCUCCCAUUGAUCGUGUUAAGCUUUUGAUCUAA